UGACGCUCGAACUCGAACCUAGCGAUGGAAAAUUUGAACGAGAGAAACUGAACGGAACGGACGUUAAAAGUGGCGAGCGGAUGGCGUUUCGGUAUCGUUAUUCGGUUAUCCGUGGCUUUUUAAUUAAUUCUUGUUAAUCGCACUAUAAUCCGCGUUCUUUCUCCGUCGAGUGCUUGCCUGUCUCUACGGAAGAUUUACUUUUUUAUGGUUUAAGUCAUUCGAGUAAUGCUGUGAAAAUGCCGACGGCUUUUGCCAAAUGUGAACUUUUAAGCUAAGCGACUUCCGAAAACUGAUGUCCACUUUGGCCAGCAGCCGACCGCCUCCGCUCAAGCUGAUAAUUCCGACUUUGGAGGAGGAGGACGAACCCGAGGAGGAGAGGCGUGGGGCAGACCGGACCGACGGCGGAGGUGGAGGUGAGGGAGCGGCAGCCAUGCAUCCGGAUUGCUUGCCUCUGCCGCUGGCCCAGCACGGCAGUUCCCCGCAAGUCGACCACGAGGAGGAGAACACGGAGUGCGAGGAGCAUCUGAACAUCGAGGAUGAGGAGGUGGAGGAGGAGCACGAACCGGAUCUGGAUCUGGAGGAUCCCAACAGCUGUUGCAGCGAAACGAGCGUCCUGAGUGUCGGACAGGAGCAGUCACAGGCGGCCCAAGCCGCUCUAUCGGCUCAGGCCCAGGCCCAGGCCCGGCAGAGACUCCUGAUCAGCCAAAUCUACCGGCCGUCGGCCUUCAGCAGCACGGCGGUCAUGUCCCCCAACGAGGCCACGCCCCUCUUGCCAGAUGAUCUCCUGCAUUUGCCGCCCGGGAACGGUAGCUUCCAGGAGGAGUUCCUGCGGAAGUCCCAGCUUUACGCCGAGGAGUUAAUGAAGCAGCAGAUGCACCUAAUGGCCGCCGCCAGGGUGAACGCCUUGACCGCUGCGGCAGCGGGCAAGCAGCUGCAAAUGGCCGCAGCUGCGGCGGCGGCAGCAGCAGCAGCGGCAGCGGUAACCGCACCCACCGGCCAGGAUGCCCUGGCCCAGCUCACAGCCACGGCGCUGGGCAUCGGGCCGGGCGGGGGGGCCCAUCCGCACCAGCAGCUCAUCCUCCAGCGGGAACAGGCACACCAGCACCUGCAACAUCACCACCACCACAACAACAACGAGAAUCUCCACGAGCGGGCCCUCAAGUUCAGCAUCGAUAACAUAUUGAAGGCCGACUUUGGAUCGCGGUUGCCCAAAAUGGAUGCCCUGGCAGGAGCAGGCAGUGGUGGUGUUGGAGCCGUAGGAAAUGCCAAAAAUAGUGGGAGUCCUGGGAACAGCAAGAGCCCCCUGAAGGCGCCCAAGAAGUCGGUAAAGCCCCUGAACUUGGCCCAAAGCAAUGCCGGCAAUGCGGGCCUGAGCUUCUCCAGCUCGCUGGCCAACAUCUGCAGCAACAGCAAUGAUUCCAAUAGUACGGCCACCAGUAGUAGUACCACAGCCACUGUGGCACCAGUGGAUCUGGUCAAAUCGCCACCCCCAGCCCCAGCCGGAGGAGGAGGCGGCAAGUCUGGUGAGGAUUCUGGGACACCGAUAGUGUGGCCAGCGUGGGUCUACUGCACCCGCUACAGUGAUCGCCCCAGCUCAGGUCGAAGUCCGCGGACGCGUAAACCCAAGAAGCCGGCGUCAUCCAGUGCAGCGGCUGGGGGCGGAGGAGGCGGCGGUGGCGGCGACAAGGGGGAGGCGGCAGACGGCGGCACGGCCGAGGAUAAACGCCCUCGGACGGCCUUCAGCGGUACGCAGUUGGCCAGACUGAAGCACGAGUUCAAUGAGAACCGCUACCUGACGGAAAAGCGGCGCCAGCAGCUGAGCGGGGAGCUGGGCUUGAACGAGGCCCAAAUUAAGAUCUGGUUCCAGAACAAGCGGGCCAAGCUGAAAAAGUCGAGCGGCACCAAAAACCCCCUGGCCCUGCAGCUGAUGGCCCAAGGACUCUACAAUCACUCGACAGUGCCGCUGACCCGAGAGGAGGAGGAGCUGCAGGAGUUGCAGGAGGCGGCCUCGAAGGAACCAACCUAAAAUGGUUUUCCCCAGCAAUAUCUACGAUUUAGUAUUUAUGGAAUAGCGUGUAAGAUUAGAUUUAAGAAAUACUAAACGAUUAAGUUGUACCAUAUUCUAGUCCAACCAGCACACACGCAACAGAAGGCCCAGAAGAAUCAGGUGGAAUUGAGAAAUCUGGCCAAGAGAUCGCCUUCCCCAUGAGAGAUGAGAGAAGAGGCCGGGGUUGCGUGUGUGUUUUCUUUGUAUAAUAGAUUCAUAAAUUCACAACUAAAUAAUUUAAUAAACAUUUAAAUUAUA